AUGUAUUACAAUUUACCAUUGUUUCAUUGUAAUGCUAAAAUCUGGAAAUAUAUCGGAUUUAUUGAAUACGAAAAUGUUUAUCGCAUCAUACCAAUAAUGAUUAUUGUACUCCUGACAAUAAUCUGUCAAUUCCUUCAUUGUUUCGUAGUUCGACAAGAUUUGAGUGUUUUAAUUAUGAGUCUAUUUCUGGUGACGAUUUUAUUAAAUUCAUUCAUACGAAUUGUGAUUGUGAUGAAAAAUCAUGAGAAAUUUAUUAAAUUUAUGAAAGUUAUUGAAACUUGGUAUAAAGAAGCUGAGUUAACUAAUGAUAUUGCCGCCUGGUCUAUACUAAAAAAACUGCCAAAACGUACGGGAGCUAUUUCUAAAUUCGGUUUAAUUUUUGGCUCUUUUGGAGGCGUGGUCACUGCUAUAAUCCCUCUUUUACUGAGUCACCGUACCCAUCCUUAUAGCGUUUAUAUAAUCGGUGUGAAUGCAUUAGAGAGUCCUUUAUAUGAAAUUAUUUAUUUCGUUCAAUGUUUCAUUUUGAUUCCAUUUGUGGUUUGUACUUAUAUUCCAUUUACGAAUCUGUUCAUAGCUUGGCUUAUAUUUGGCAUACAUAUUUUACAAGUUUUGCGCAAAAAAUUUGAACUACUGCCCGGUGGCAAUGAUCCAGAUCAGUUGAGAAGUUUGAAAAUGUUGAUAAAAUAUCAUAAGAGGAUUAUAAGAUAUGGCGAAAAUUUGGAAGAUUUAGUUUCACACGUAUGUUUUGUCGAAUUGCUGUUAUUUACUGCAAUGUUAUCCGUUUUACUGAUAUGCAUUCUACUGGUGGACGAUAUAAUGUUCCAAGUAGCGACCGUAGUUUAUAUAUUCUGCAUUCUGUAUGUCCUAUUUUUAUCAUACUGGCAUACUAAUGAAUUUUCAUCGGAGAGUGUAAAAAUUGCCGAUGCUGUUUAUAGCAUUGAUUGGACUUCCUCAAGUGUCGAAGUCCGAAAAUGUGUUUUAAUAUUGUUAGUGCGCUUGUCAAACAUCAUUAACGAUUUCAGCUGGCGGUGUGUAUCCCAUGACAUUGGAGGCAUUUCAGGUACUUUUAAAUGCUGCAUACACCUAUUUUAA